GAUAAUGAAAAUAGUAUCUGGAAUCAUUGCUUGUUGCUGGAAUGGAUUGAACGACUCUCGUCUUCGUUUUUCAUUGAAAAAUGCUCUGAGUGCUUCUGUGCAUAAAACGAUGCAAUGUCGCAAGAUUUUCUGCACCUACACGUAAACUUUCCCUUUCCUCCCGCGCUCUCUCUUCAGUAUUCGUUUUAGUGCAAUAUUUUCAAUCUUAAAUUUUUUCACAGCGUGAGUGUCCCUAUCGAAGACAGCAUUAUUGUCUCUUAAGGCUUCCACAUAUUCAUAAACAGAGUGAUUUCUCCAACGGAACCAUUCUUUCUCUUUGCAUUGCCGUCGUUCGCUGGCCGUGGAUAUGGCGAAGCACGUAGUUGUCUUCGUCGCCUUUGCGUCCUGAUGGAACGAAGAUUUCUCUUCGAACAUGCAUCAGCUGAAACAAUUUUAUCGUCUUGCCGAUCCAAUGGUCUCUCGUCUUUUUGAAUAGCGUCGGAGUCUUCGUCGUUGUUGUCGUCUGUGGCCUCAUCGUCGUCCAAUAGACUGGCAAUCGCAGCCAAUUGCGGAUUUGUGGCAAAAUUUUUGGGUAAACCAGUCAUGAACAACGGACAGGUUAUCGCAUUAUCGGAAGUUUCGGAUUUCGUGUCGUUCUCGUCGUCGUCCGCCAUAGCUUCCGGUACUGGCUUUGUUUGGCCGGUGGUACCGUGUGUGUCUUCGUUGGAUCUAUCUACCUCCAUUGCCAUAUCGAUCGAUGAAUUGAUUUCUCUUGCCUCGAUAACUACCAUACUCGCGGCAGAUUGUUGUUGGUUCGUUGGACUGAUGUCGAAGGUAAUUUCUUGGCAGUUUGUGAUCGUUGGUAACGGUAUGUUCGUUAAUUCUCGAGAAUCCUGUAUUCCCAGUGCUGUACGUUGUUUGCCGUCGUAGAACUACCUAUUGAAAAAAUUAAAAAUUAUCUUGUGUACGAAACAAUUCAAGAAUUCUGUACAAUAUCGGUCACAAAUCACAGUACGGAUUUAUGUACUUAAAAACAGAAAGAAGGGAAUAAAUAAACAUCACAUGAGUGCUACAGUAUUUCGUACGAUACUACACGUAGGGCAUUGCAAUAGUUACAAUUGUGUCUGGCCGGUAGCACAUCUCUUCACGAGUGCUGGAGUUGGCAUCGCUGAUUUUUUUCUUUUUAGCGAGCGCGGGUUUUUCCAGGUUUUGUAUUCGUAGUAAUGAAUGAAGCAACGCAAGGUACGGUACAGCAUUCAAAUGGUCGAUCGGUUGCAGUUUUCCUUCCAACAAAGCAUUGGAAAUUCCGCUCAAGGAUCGUCACAGCUGCUUUGGUUCGAGGAGUUUGCUAUUUUGCGUACCACUAUGGUGAAACAGAAGAAAGCCUCGAUCAUGUCUUCCAAGGCUUUAGCUAUUGAGAAAUCCGGCCUCAUGGUAUCUCCCGAGCCAAGGACGGAAAAGAACCUACUCAGGUUGCAAAGCAAACCGGUUACGAAUGCAGCUGCUAAAAAAGGUCCAUGCAGGGUUUUGUUCGGAGAAGAUGGCAGUCGGGAGGUUGACGUGAUCGGAGCAAGUGCGGAUACUUCUGCUGCGGUGACCGGAACCCUGCCCGAUUCACCGGGCUUCCUAAUUGCAGACAAAAAACGUAAAGCUCGUGUGGUGACUCCCAGCACAAUUACCACCGCAACAACCACCAGUACCGCCACCCAAGAGGACAACUCCGAACUCGUUACCCGAUCAGCACCACCAGCGAAACGACGGCUGUUAUUUGGAAGAUAUGUGGAGCUGGUACAGACCGCUCCCAACGUCGAUAUGGUGUACAAAAUCGUUCGGAAGCUUACGGGUAACAUCGGUGGCAAUGGCUAUUCGGGCCCGAUUUAUGGGGAACUCACCAAGCACAGUAUGCAGAAAAUGAUUGAUCUCAUGGUCAAGAACACAGAGUUCUCCUCGUCUAGCCGUUUCAUUGACGUUGGAUCGGGCAUCGGGAAACCGAAUCUGCACGUUGCCCAAUAUCCGGGUGUGGAAUUCUCGUGCGGCGUCGAAAUGGAACACAAUCGGUGGUCGUUAGGAAUGACCUGCUUGAAGGCUUGCCUCAACGCGGCUGUCAAAGAGCGAGAAAAGGUGGCCGAAGCUGCAGCUAACGAAAAUUCGGGUUCACUUCUACUUCAGGGCAACACGAUGUUCCUCCACAAUAAUAUCUUGGAAGCCAAAACGUUUGACCCGUUUACGCACGUGUACAUGUUUAGCAUCGGCUUUCCGCCCGAUCUUUGGAUUCGAUUGUCUGAGAUGUGGAAUGAAUCCGAUGCCGGCGAUUGCCAAUAUCUUAUUUGCUAUUCUGGCCCAAGGGACAUUAUCGAUUGUUAUCAAUUUGACGUGGAACUUUUAGUGCAAACGCCAACCUCGAUGCAUGGUUCAAAAGAAAGUCACAUGGGAUACAUUUAUGGAAGAACCAAUAGCAAGAAGACAGGUUCGAAAAGGAGGGGGCGCUCGUUGAUAUCAACUUCUGGUCCUUGCGACCCACUAUUCAGGAAUUCCUACGACUUGGUUAAGAAGGGGCUACAACAUUUAGAAAACGAAGUCGAUCGGCAAGUAAAAGAAGAAAUGGGGGGUUCGCGACGGACCAGAGGAUCAAGGAAAAAGACUGUCUUUUCCAAGAGCUACUAUGGUGAAUAAGAGAAGAUCGAAAAACCAACAAAUUUGGAAGACAUCAACCCCAACCCCAACCCCAACGAUAGAAUCCUUUCUCCGCAUGCUGCUAUCACAGAAACAUAAAUAUAAUAUAAAGCCAUAC